AUGUUUAAUAAGGGUCGGUCAUUUCAAGUCCAAGGUUGGGCUACCAGACUUGAUGUUGAUCAGUAUUUUUACCACAAACAAUGCCAGAAGUUGGCAAAGAAACUCUUUAUUGUAGGAAUAAGAUCAAUCGUGUUACAGUUGUCUAUGGAACUCAUCGAGGAAGAAGAAAGGGCAUUAUGUUUGUCGACAUAUGAGUCAGCAUACUAUAAGGCGGCGUCUGUUGCUGAUGACCAUAGCGGUACCUCGUCCAGAAGGCAGCCUUUGUCAGGCGCUGAACCGGCGGCACGCAAAAAUGCGGAGAGACUGAAUGCUCUGAUAGAAGCAAGAGAAGAGGUCAAUAAUGAUAUGCCAGUGGGUGCAGCUCAAAUCAGCGAGACGGUGUAG